AUGACACCGCGUAUAAAGCAUGAAAUAAAAGCUAGACAAAAGGCGUUUAAAUCUGGAGGUAUAACAAGGUACAAACUAUUAUGUGACAAAGUUACCUCACCUGUAUCAAAUGCGAAAAAUAAUUACUAUCAACUAAUAGCAGAGGGUAGACGCGAAACGAAUCCGGCAAAGUGGUACAAAACCAUAUUUAAACUUGCUGCUGCUAAUGACUGUAACUCUCAACCACCAGCUGAUGAUGCAGCUGACUUAGCGGAACGCCUGCAACAAAGCUUCACCAAACCUUGGCAGAAUGCCAACCCCACUGAAAUUCCAGACGUUGGGGAAAUUGAACACCUACUUAAGAAUGAUACCAGUCCCCCGUUGCCUUCCAUCGGACAAAUUAAGGCUACCCUAGCUUAA